AGUUACUGUCAAAAUGUCCUAAUUAAAGAAUGCUCUCAUUUGAGCUCUAGGCUAUAUUUUCUUUUCUGAAAAAAUGACUAGUUUACUGAAAUCAGUGGUUUUGUCUAAGCAAAACGUGCUUCGUAAAAAUUCUGGGUUGAUUUUCAAUGCCGUGAGGAAUCAUUGGAAUUAUCAAUAUAAACCCGGUCCUUACCCUAAAACACCCGAAGAACGUGCUGCAGCAGCAAAGAAAUAUGGAUUGUCAAUUGAGGAAUAUCAACCAUAUCCCGAAGACAUGGGUUACGGUGAUUAUCCCAAGUUACCGGACAUUGGUGCAGAUUCAAAAGACCCACACUAUCCCUACGAUUUCCCAGAGUUGAAAAGGAAUUUUAAUGAACCAUUACAUGCAAGUGCUGAGAUUUUUGGAGAAGAUCGUUAUGAUAUUAGUAUGAGACCUCGUUUCUCAUUGUUGCACCAGUGGACAUGGUUUCUUGGAACACUUGCAGGAGCAUUUGCAUUAUAUGUUUAUUUGGAAGACUAUAAAGUUGGAAGACCAGUGACUGCAAAGCAGUAUCCUACUGAUGGACCUCAUUAUUUGUUUUCACCAAAGUAGAUGUUUGAUUAUAAAAAAAUAUGUAACUUAAUUAGUCAUGUCUAUUAAUAAAUCUGUUCAUUGAUAAUA